UCUCUCUUGCUUUUAUACUGCGUUGACUACUUGGACUAAGCUUGUAAACCCGAUGAUGAAUUCUCCUUUUUCCUGAAUUCCCAUUUUGUCCCUUCUCAAAUCCCUCUUCCUCGCCGUCGCCGGUCAAUCUCCCCCACCCACAGCCGCCUUCCAUUUCUCCUUCCUUUUCCGGUAACCGAUUCUAUGAUUCUAUUUUCCUUCUCUUCAUCGUCUCUCUUUUCUUAUACCGCCGCUUGUGUUUCAAAGCUAGGGUUCUUUGAAGCCCUAGCUCUCGGGGUAUUUUCGUGAAUUUCGAUAUGGGUUAUCGGCGGAGGUUUAGAAUUUUGUAGCUCGAUAUCCUUUUUCCAGUUUGUUGUUGCUGUUUGUUUGAUUUGGUAGUUCGUUUAUUUCGUGAUGAAGAGGUUGAAAUCUUGCGACGAUCUUGAUUCGUACGUCGAGAAAAAUCCAGGUAAGGAUCCUGUGUUGAGUCGGACCUCGUCUUCUCAUCGAGCCUUUUACCAUAAAUCCGAGGCUAUUCGGAAGAAUCUGUCAUCUUCGUCUGGUAGAUAUUAUCGGGAUCGAUCGGUGGAUGAGGAUCGGGAAGGGUCGAGGCUGGUGCGUAAGCGAUCAGAUCAUGAUUUUGAGGGGUUUGAUCGGCGAAAAGGGUUUGAUCGAUUUCGAGAAAGCGGAGAGAGUAGGGGUUAUGCUGGUAGUACUGGAGGUGGCGGUGGAGGGGAUCGUAUUGGGCUUCAUAGGUCAGAAAGCUACUCUGGGUCGCGCAGGGAGUGCCCUAAAGGAUUUCGAUCAGAGCGGGACAGGUCAAGGAGAGAAGGCAGUGUAUCUUCAUGGCGGCGAUUUGGGAGUUGGAAUAAAGAUGUUGAUGAGGGAACAAGGAGCAGAGGUGGUGGUGUUGGAGGAUUGGAAGAGAGAGGGAGUGGGAGGAAUUCUCCCAAGGGAUUGAGAGAUGUGAAAUCGCCAUCUCUGUCGAAAGAUUCAAGUAGUGAGCAAUCGAAAUUAAGAACCUCACCUAGCUUGACUUCGAGGGGUGUGAGAGCCCAAGAAUCAAAGUCCAAGUCACCGACAAGGUCGAAGGACUCAGAGAGCGAGCAAUCAAAGAGUAUUGAGGUGAAAAAGGGGGAGGACUUGCAGGUCGAUAGUGGGAAUAACAGUGAAAUGGAGGAAGGAGAAUUAGAACCUGACCCUGAGGCUGAAACUGCACUUGCAUCUGAACCUGAACCAAAUCUUGAACCCGAACCAGAUCCCAAAUCUGAAACUGGAUGUGAAGCUGAAUCGUUUCCUAAGAGUGAAGAUAAAUUGGUAGAAGAAAAGCAUUUGGAGUCGGAUAAUGGUCAGAGGGAGGUUGAAAGUGAGAAUCUAGAUCAAGUUCAAAAAGGCAGUGUUGUAGUAGAGGCUGAGUUGUUGGAUAAGAGCAUGGAUGUGGCUAAAGAGAAAGAAGCUUGCAGUGAUGACGCUGGUUUAUCAGAAAGUCGGGAUGUAUCUAUUGAUUUGGGGAAUUGUAUCAAGGAAGAACGUGAUGUUGUGGCUGACGAAGGCAACAAAUUGGAAGACAGUUCGGUUGGUGAAAGAGAACAAGAUAAUGGGACGGAUGACAAGAACUCGUUAGAAUCUUCAGUUCAGUUGGAUAACGAGUGCAAGGAAAGCAAGGGCAUCGAUCAAGAAGUGAACACCAGAGAUUUUCAUGUAUCAGAUAAAGAGGUAGAAAAAGAAAUGUCAGAUGGAGAGACAACAAAAACUACCGACGCACUGACUCAAAAUUUUAGAGAUAAAGGCAAAAGUGUGGCCGUUAGUCCUUCAACCUCCCAUGCAGCAUAUUCUGCAGAAGAUGGAGCUUUGACAGAUAGAGAACAUGGAGCUGCUGAAAUUUGUAGGUACAAUGAUAUGGAAGGCCCAAGUACUAGGGGGUUUGAGUUGUUUACAAGAUCUCCGGUGAGAAAACUCGAGAAAGUGGAUGAAUCUGGUGAUAGUAAGCGAAGGGAUGAAAAGCUUAUGCUAGAGCCUCUUGAUCUUUCUCUUGGCUUACCAAAUGUUUUGUUACCUAUUGGUGCCACUGGCGAUUCGAUUCCAGCGCCCAGUUCCCCUAGUCAUGGAAGAAGUGUACAGUCCCUAAGCAACACUUUUUGCACUAAUUCAGAUGGAUUUGCCCCAUCAAUGUCGUUCUCAGGGUCUCACUCUUUCUUUCACAACCCAAGCUGUUCUUUGAAUCAGAACUCAAUGGACAACUUCGAACAAUCUGUUGGAAGUCGCCCGAUAUUUCAGGGCAUUGAUCAGGCUUCUCAAGGAGCUUGGGUGGGACAGUCACAGAAUGAGACUAAGUCGAAGGAACUUCCCUUAUAUCAAAGAAUUUUGAUGAAUGGCAAUAGCUGCCUUCAACCCAUUCUGGGUCCUCAUUCAUGUGAGGAAGAAAGCUCAAAAAAUAUGAGUGGGCUGGAUAGGCAAUUAAGCUUUCAAAAACAGUUGAUGGGAAAUUCUAAGCCCAAUGAUGAUGUUAAAUCGCCUGCACUGAGAGUAGGAUCUCAUGAUGGUGGAUUAACUAAUAAUUUGGAAAAGAAGAGGAUUGUGCAAGAGACUAGCAGUGGUAGUUUAUAUAGAACUAGUAGUUUGAAGGAACAGGAAAAGCUUCCGACAGGAGGUGCAGAUUUUAUAGACACAGUAGUGGCCAGACUAAUUACUGAACCUGUGAAUGAAAUGUCCAAGAAAUUUACUGAGAUGUCAGAUCAGUUCAGAGCAUUUCUGAAAGCAAGUAUCUUUGGGAUCAUGUCCAAUGCCGAAAAACGUGGUCUAUGUGCAAUUCAGAAAGCACUGCAAAACAGAUCGGACAUAACUAUCGAUAUGCUACUUAAAUGCCAUCGAGUACAGUUGGAAAUCUUGGUUGGCCUAAAAACUGGUCUACCAGAUUUCCUUAAGGAAGUAAGUUCCGUUGGAUCGACCGACUUAGCUGAGAUAUUUCUAAACUUAAGAUGCCGAAAUAUGUCAUGCAGGAAUCUUUUGCCUGUGGAUGAGUGUGAUUGUAAAGUUUGUGGUCCAAAAAAUGGAUUUUGCAGUGCUUGUAUGUGUCUUGUUUGUUCAAAAUUUGAUAUGGCGUCUAAUACAUGUAGUUGGGUUGGGUGUGAUGUUUGUCUUCACUGGUGCCAUGUGGAUUGUGCCUUACGUGAAUCUUAUAUUAGAAACGGUCCGAGUGCUACGGGAGACCGAGGAGCAACCGAAAUGCAGUUUCAUUGUGUUGCCUGUGAUCACCCUUCAGAGAUGUUUGGGUUUGUGAAAGAGGUUUUUCAAAAUUUUGCAAAAGAUUGGACGGCUGAACCUCUCUCUAGGGAACUUGAAUAUGUUAAAAGAAUUUUUUCUGCUAGCAAGGACGUGAGAGGGAAACAACUUCAUGAACUUGCUGGCCGUAUGCUGUCUAGAUUGGCCAAUAAAUCAAAUCUUCCAGAGGUGUACGCUCAAAUUAUGACUUUCGUUUCUGAUGCUGCUGAUUCUUCCAAGCUCGGCAAGACACCGAUACCGUCUGGGAAGGAUCCAUCAAAAAGCAACAACGGAGUUUCAGGGUCAUGUCUGGAAGCGCCAUGGUUGAAAUCCGUAUAUUCCGAUAAAGUUCCCCAAAUGGAAAGAGCAGCCAUUACUCUUCCUAGUUUGAAUUAUGAACGUAGCGACAAACGGGUAAUGGAGCCAGAAUUGCAGAUAAAUUCUCACAGGGAGCCUCUGUUUGAUGAAUUGGACAGUAUUGUUAGAAUAAAACUUGCAGAGGCCAAAAUGUUUCAAGCUCGAGCUGACGAUGCUAGAAGAGAAGCAGAAGGUUUAAAGCGCAUUGCUAUUGCAAAAAACAAAAAAAUAGAUGAAGAAUACACAAGUAGAAUUGCCAAGUUGCGUUUGACUGAAGCUGAGGAUGUGCGUAAGCAGAAAAUCGAGGAACUCCAGGCUCUAGAAAGAGCUCAUCGAGAAUACUCGAGCUUGAAGGUAAGGAUGGAAGCAGAUAUUAAAGAUCUUCUUUUGAAAAUGGAAGCUACAAAGCGGAACAUUCCAGGGUGAUCUCCUUGUGGUUUCGGGUCGUUCGAACUCGAAGCACGCCAAAUUUAUAGGUCUAUAUAUCUUCAAUCUGGCGUAUUAGUUCUUUUAGGUUUUACCUUCUAAGUUUUUGCCCCUCCCUCUAUUUUGGACUGCUAACUUAAGUCUGUACAGCGACUUCAACUGCAUUUGUUCAUGUAUAAACAGUUCCGUCUAUGAAAGAAAUCCGAGAAAAUUUUCAAUCGGGUUUUCAUCCAAAA